UAAUGUAAUUUAAAUUAUUAUUUCAGUAUGAAUGAAUGUUGUUUAUUUCCUCUUCUAUCGGACUUUUGCUGAUGAGGUAUCACUCCGCCAGAAAAGUAGAGACCUGUUUAUGUGUUUCGUGUUUCCAAAACAGUUUCUGCACAAGAUGUGAAAUAUUUCCUGAAGGGUCAGGACAUACACUUCAUGCCAUCCAUCUCUGAACGACCUAUUGCAUCUAUCUGGCUACAUAAUGAAAAUGAUGUGGUAUGGUUUACUGGCACGGAGGACUAUGUGCCUUCUUCAUACAAGAACAGAAUCACUCUGGACCGGGUCUCUGCAGAACUCACCAUCAAAAACGCCACAUAUGAAGACAGUGGAGACUAUCACCUAGAAAUGAACAUAAACAACGAACCUCGUACUUUGCUGUAUAGAAUUGAAGUUAUAGACAAAGUAUCCAAACCCAACAUAUCCUGUGAGAUGAGCGACACAAAGCAGGCGACACUUGUGUGCUCAACAGAGUCCAAACAUCCUCAUUUAUUAAAGUUGAAGUGGAGCUCACCAGGAAAGGAGCAGACUGGACCAAAUUUAACAAUAACUGUCAGGAAUGAAGAUGAUGAUCAAGUUUAUCGUUGUGAUGUCAGCAACCCUCUGACCAAUGAAACGGCUUCAUUCACCGCUAAGGACUGCUUCCUGGGUAAAAGAUCAGAUGGUCAACUGAUUAUCAUAUUAGUCUGUACCUUCAUUCUGGUCAUCAUCUGGUGUUGUGUUUUAUACAUAGAACGUCAAAAUUUAAAAGCACUUUUGGAUAAAUAUAUUUGGAACAGAAGACCAAGUGCAAAAAAAGAUGAUUCAGUGUCCAAACAGCAUAAUGAAAGCACAUCCACACUUCUUUCCAAAGAGAAAUUGAAUAAACAGCAGAAACCAGAAGAAAAGCUUGACUCAGACAUCAACACUACCACUCUACUUGAGGAAAGCAGAAAGUCUCAGCAAGUUUAUGGAGGAGAAAAUGUGAAACAUGAAGAUGACUUACCGAGUCAAGCAACACCCAUCAACUGGCGACGAGGAGAAGUUAUCAGAACAAGCAACACAGGCAGUAUAAAUCAGGUCAUAAUGAGAAAAGUCCCAUCCUCCGCUUCUCUAAAAGAGGAAAACAUUCAUUAAUAAUGAAUUAGGACUCCUGAUUCAACACCACAAACCCCUUUAAUACAUACCUUACAGUAAUUGCAACCAGGCCUAACCAUGUGUCAUUAUUGAACAUUUACAGAUGAUUAUUGAUUAAGGGAGCAAUAAAGAUGAUGACAUUACUGUACAUGGUGUCCCAUACAUUUCCAUACAUAGGAAAAAAAUACAUUUUAUAUAUAUAUAUAUAUAUAUAUAUAUAUAUAUAUAUAUAUAUAUAUAUAUAUAUAUAUAUAUAUAUAUAUAUAUAUAUAUGUAAAGUUUUCUGUUAAAUGAGUUUGCAAUCAUGCAACUGCUUCCUGAGCUGGCCAUAAGGAUUAUUUAAAAGUGUUGGUCUUUAUUCAAAUGCAUCUUCUAGCAUAAUUGUUUUUGAUUAUUGUAUUUUUUUUUACAUAUUGAUCAAUAACUUACUUAGAGAUUUGUAAGUCAAAAUGACCAGCAGAUAUUCAAUUAAUUAUUUUUGACAAAAAAAAAACAAACAGACAAUAUUAAAGUGUAAAACAUAUGCAAAAUUGAAAGAAUAAAUACAUUUUUGCCAUGAAGUGUUUUUUUAAUUUCCAACCUUUUGCAGGCCACUUUGAAAUGAAGUGGCGGGCCAAGUUAAAAUGAAGUGACUAAAAUUAGAAUGAUAUGGUGGGCCGAAAAAAAAUGAUGUGGCGGGCCAGAUUUGGCCCACGGGCCUUGAGUUUGACACCUAUUUUCUCGGAUAUAAGAAGUAUAAAAGAGAACAAUGUUAAAUGUUUGGAAGCUUAUGGUACAACAUUUAUAAUGAUACAAUCAUGUUAUGAAGCUCUUGAACCGUCUGUGAUCAAACAGUGAGUUUAGUUUUAUAUGCACUUUGGAUUUGCACUCUAAGGAUGUAGGAGGAAACUGGAGUGAUGAAUUGCAGUCUAUAAUGUUGUCAUGGUAACCACUUGGAAAUCGUGCAGACCUGACACCUACCACAUGUGAUGUAAAUAACGUUAUUAAGUAUUUGCCGUUUACAAACUGUGUCAGAUACUUUGUACUGGAAUUUUGUCUUAUCGAUGUUUUUAAAACAAAAUGUGAGUUGUGGAUACUAACAUUUUCUUAAAUAAGUUAUCAAAACAGAGGCUACAAAAGUUAAAAAAAAAAAAAAAAUAGAUUAGCUCUCUGCCAUUGUUUUGUUGUUGUUGGAGACACCUUCUUUAGACUAUGGAUUUCUGCAGGUCUCAGUAUUGAUUGGCAGUAGCGAGCUACAAGUAGCGAUGCUAAUUAGCUUAGGAAAAAUUUGCUACAUUUCCCAGUAGCGUGGGAAAUGUUAAACGAUUGUCCCAAAAUAUUUCUCCAGUGAAUAAUUCUUGUAUGAUGACAAAACACAUUAUUGCUUUCUUUUUUCAUUUUUUUUCUUUUUUAGAAAAAAAGCUACCUUUGAACAAUGUGUUUGACUUUAUUGCAAUAAAAUUGCAUAGUUUGUCUUGUUAAGUUUUUUCUCAGAAUAUUCCCCCAAAAAUCUACUAUCAAAAUAUUUUCUAAAAAUACUGCAACUUUUUUUGUAAAAAAUAUGACUUUUUCACAAUAUAUUUAACUUUUAUCAUGUAAAAUAGCAUAUAUUUUUAUUCUUUUUAAAAGUAAACUUUUUUCUUAAAACAUUUUUUUCUUACAAUAUUUUUUACACAACUCUUGUGAAACAAAUUUUUUGGACAAUAUGGCAUUUAAAAAAAAAAUCGAAAUAAAAAAAAAAUAAUAUAUAUAUAUAUAUACUCUCACAAGAUAUUUGAUUUUUAAUCCUGUAAAAUGGCAUAUUUUGCUUUUGUAAAAUGUUAACUUUUUUAGUCAACAUAAUUCGACAUAUUUCUUGUACAACUUUUUCUUCACAAUGUUACGACCCCCCCCCCCCCAAACCCCCCAAUUUUUUUUUAAAAUAGUUUAAAAUAGUUUUAAAAAGUAUUCUUUUUUAGGAAAAAUUUGCAACAUUGUGAAGAAAAAGUUGUACAAAAAAUAUGUCGAAAUAUGUUGCCGAAAAAAGUUAACAUUUUACGAAAAAAAUAUAUAUACCAUUUCACAGGAUUAAAAAUCAAAUGUAUUAUGAGUGCACAUUUUUUUUUUAAAAUGCAAUAUUUAAAAAAAAAAAAAGUUUUCCUUUAGCCAGGUUAUUGUCACUUUGCCAUUGUUGUGUUAAAACAGUCGUUGUAUAUAUAAGUUAUAGUACAUAUUUUAGUCUUUGUUUGAUAUUAAUACAAUAUUUUUUUAACUGCCUUUAUUUUUAUUUGUGUCCAGUCAGUGUCCUCCCCCUCGUGUUGUACAUUAUACCGCAACUAUGUAUGUAUGUAUAUAUGUAUGUAUGUAUGUAUGUAUGUAUGUAUGUAUGUAUGUAUGUAUGUAUGUAUGUAUGUAUGUAUGUAUGUAUGUAUGUAUGUAUGUAUGUAUGUAUGUAUAAAUCGGACAAGAUUAUUUGCUGUCUGCCUUUAAUCACCGAUUAGUGAUUAGCUAAUAGCAUGUGUGAUUUCACUGCACUGAGCAAAGUUUGGAGGUCUUUUUUGCAAAUCCUAAAAUACAUUAUAAAGACCAUGUCCAUCAAAAACUAAAUUAAGAAAAAUUGCAAUAUGAUUUGGUUUUAUUCAUUUUAUUUUAUUGUGUUAUCCCUUGCUUGUGUUCAUGCUCCAUUUGUUUAUUUCAUUAUAUUAAAGUUAUUUCAAUGUCUUGAUUACUGGUUCAAUAUUAUUGAUGAAAAAUAUUUCCUAUACACAUAUUUUGUAUAUAUUUUGACAUGUUCUGUUGUAUGUUCUGAUUGUUUUAAUGUUGUGUAUAAUAUUGCUGAAAUAAAUUUAGAGAAAAGAGA